AGAAGGCCGCAAAGAAGGCCGAGAAGGGCGAGGAUGCAUCGACAUCCAAGACGUCCAAGUCUUCGACGACCAAGGCAUCUGGCUCGACCGGCAUUACCACGCCCGACUCGGACGCAGAAGUCGGCGAACUUGACAUGAAGAAGCUGGCCCUCGCUACUGAGCGAAAUGCAUCGGGUGUCAUCACCUCGGACGGCCAGUCUCGUGACAUUCACAUCGACUCCUUCACCAUGUCCUUCCACGGACGCCUCCUCAUCGACACGGCAGACAUUGCUCUCAACUACGGACAGAGGUACGGUCUCCUCGGAGAGAACGGGUCGGGAAAGACGACCUUCCUUGAAGCCCUUGCUCACCGAGACGUAGAGAUCCCCAAGCAUAUCGACAUCUACCUCGUGCAGGGUGAGGCAGAGCCUACUGAUAUCAAUGCGCUCGACUACAUCAUCAAGUCGGCGCGUGAGAAGGUGGCGCGUUUGGAGAAGGAGAUCGAGGACAUGUCUGUCGCCGAUGAGGUUGACGAGGUCGGUCUCGAGCUCAAGUACGAAGAGCUCGAGGAGCUUGACCCCUCAACCUUCGAGGCCAAGGCCGGAGCCAUUCUCCACGGUCUUGGUUUCAGCAAGCAGAUGAUGGCCAAGCCUACCAAGGACAUGUCCGGUGGUUGGCGUAUGCGCGUCUCCCUCGCUCGUGCCCUCUUCAUCAAGCCCCACUUGCUCCUCCUCGACGAGCCUACCAACCACUUGGACCUCGAGGCCGUCGUCUGGCUUGAGGCGUAUCUCUCCACCUACAACCGCAUUCUCGUCCUCACUUCGCACUCGGCUGACUUCAUGGACUCGGUCUGCACCAACAUUCUUGACUUGACGAUGCACAAGAAGUUCCUGACCUACGGAGGAAACUACUCGACCUACGUCCGUACCAAGGCCGAGAACGAGACCAACCAAAUGAAGGCCUAUGCCAAGCAGCAAGAAGAGAUCCAGCACAUCAAGAAGUUCAUUGCCUCGGCAGGUACCUACGCCAACUUGGUCAAGCAGGCCAAGUCCAAGCAAAAGAUCAUCGACAAGAUGGAGGCGGCAGGACUCAUCGAGCCGAUCUCUCAGCCAAGGCAGUUGCGCUUCCACUUUGAGGAGGUUCGCAAGCUCCCGCCGCCCAUUAUUGCGUUCAACGAGGUGGGCUUCUCAUACUCCGGCGAGAAGAAGGACUUCCUCUACAAGGACCUCUCCUUUGGUAUCGACAUGGACUCGCGUAUUGCCAUUGUGGGGCAGAACGGAACGGGCAAGUCAACGCUGCUCAACCUGAUCACCGGCGCCCUCAUGCCCGUCGAGGGAAGCGUGCAACGCCAUGCCGGUCUCAAGAUCGCCAAGUACUCGCAACACUCUGCCGACCAGCUCCCCUACGACAAGAGCCCGAUCGAGUACAUGGAGUCGAAGUACCGCGAAAAGUACCCGGGCAAAGACGUCCAGUUCUGGCGUGCGCAGAUCGGCCGCUUCGGUCUCUCUGGCCAGCACCAGACGUCGGCCAUCCGAACCCUUUCCGACGGUCUCCGCAACCGUGUCGUCUUUGCCGCCCUCGCAAUGGAGGCUCCAGAGAUCUUGCUGCUCGACGAGCCCACUAACCACUUGGACAUGGGAUCCAUCGACGCGCUCGCUCUCGCCAUUAAGGACUUCACCGGUGGUGUAGUGGUCGUCUCGCACGACUUCAGGCUGAUCGGGCAGGUGGCCAACGAGCUGUGGGAGGUCAAGGACAAGAAGGUCGUCAACUUGAGGGACAUCGGAAUUGCGGAGUACAAGAAGGGACUGAUGAAGGCGAGUCAGAGCGCGCUGGAGAAGGCCAAGAUGAUGAAGUAAGCCCGCUCAUGGGAGAGAGUGGUCACGUCACGUCCUCGACGACGGGGACGAGGUUUGUAUUCCAUUGCUUCAAUAGACACGAUGAUAUCGAUGUGAGGCAGCAAGUGUUCGAGAACGGGCGACUGCGACAAGGUGUUCGGCGGCAGCGGCGGCGACGAGUGCGAGAGCUACCAUCACAUCAUGUCGGCCCGAUCUUCCGACGCUCUUUAGGUGAUCGCGUCGGAUGACCUCUACCGGGCCGCACGAGGCUCGAGCACGAGCAAUGCUAGUCGUUGCCUACCCGCCAUCGCCCUCU